AUGGAGAAAAAGGAGAAAUCAGCUCUGUUCGAUAGAGUAUUUUCUUGGUCUAUCAAAGACAUUCUCAACAGAGAUCUCUUCAAGCAUCAGAGAAAGACAAUACCAGACAGGUUUAGAACUGUCGAUGAAUACAAACAGUGUUUCGUUCCUCACCUACUCGAAGAAACUCGAACCGAGUUGUUCUCGAGCUUCAAAUCUUUAUCUAGAGCUCCUGUGUUUUUCGUACGUUCUAUGGAGAGAAGGACAAGGGAAUCCAGUUCAUCGAACUCAUUGCUCUACGAUAUAACAUUAGCCCCUGCAGAUAAUUUUGGUGCCAAGUACGAGCCAAAAUGUGGAGAUCUUAUUGCUCUGACAAAAGAAAGGCCAAGAAGAAUUGAUGACUUGAAUCCUUUACAUCUUGCUUACGUAUUCAAGAUGGACGGUGAUCUUAUCAUCUCUGUGCAUUCUUCUAGAUCGAUAUCUCCUGUUGAGAUACAUUCAAUUCGUUUUGGUGUUUCCCUCACGACUUUAACAACAAACACAAGAAUUUGGAAUGCUUUGCACAAUGAAGCUGCUAACUCGACACUAAUCCAGAGUGUGCUUCAGGGAAAAGCUCAGGCUACAGAACAGUGUGUUUGUUUUGGUAAUGACAAUGACGUUUCUGCCCGUGUUUUGGAUAUAAUCCGGUCAACGAAAUUGAACACUUCCCAAGAAGCUGCAAUAUUCAGCUGCCUCAAGACAAGUAACUGUAGUCACAUGAACAGUAUCAAACUGAUAUGGGGGCCUCCUGGUACAGGAAAAACAAAGACAGUUGCGACUCUUCUCUUUGCCCUUCUCAAGCUGCGGUGCAAAACAGUUGUGUGUGCUCCUACAAACACAGCUAUUGUAGAAGUAACACAGAGACUAUUGGCUUUGUUUAAGGAAAACUGCUCAUCAGAAGUUGCUACUUACGGGCUGGGUAGUAUUGCGUUAUCUGGAAACCGAAAGAGAAUGGGAAUAGACAAGAAGGAUGAUCUUCUCAAUGUGUUUCUUGAUGAGCGCAUUGGUAAACUUGGUCACCUGUUCUCGCCAUCAUCUUCUGGAUGGGACCAGAGAUUAGAGACGCUGAUACAUUUUCUUGGGAACACAGAGUCUCUUUACAAUGACUAUGUAGAUCAAUUUGAGGAGGAAGAAGAGAUAGAGUUUACUUAUGGAGAGUUUGUGAGAGAGGUUUUUAAUGGGUUAAGCAAAGAGCUUGAGACGGAUAUGGUUGAUCUGUACACUCAUCUGCCAAAGCGUUUCAUUCCACCAGAAUUUGUCAUGAAAAUGUUGGCAGCUUGUAAAGCGCUUCAACGUGUCAGAUACUUCUUGACGGAGAAUGCUUCUAGAGAUGAUGAUCUCAAGAAAGGAAGCUUUAAACUGGACUGCUUCAAGAGAAUCAUCACUGCUGAUUGCCUUAAGGCUCUAGGUUUGCUACCAAAACGUUUUGAGGAGAUUCCAGACAUGUUGGAAACUGAAGAUAUCAAGAAAUUUUGUCUACAAAACGCGGAUAUAAUCUUCUGCACAGCCUCAGGUGCUGCUGAACUGAAUGCAAUAAGAACAGGAAAUAUAGAGCUUCUAGUGGUUGAUGAAGCGGCUCAGCUUAAAGAAUGUGAAUCAGUUGCUGCGCUGCAGAUUCCUGGUUUGCGUCACGCUGUUCUAAUAGGAGAUGAGUAUCAGUUGCCUGCAAUGGUUCAUAACGAGGAAUGCGAGAGGGCCAAGUUCGGAAGAAGCUUGUUUGAGAGGUUGGUUCUGCUUGGUCACAACAAGCACUUGCUUGACAUUCAGUACCGUAUGCAUCCUUCUAUUAGCCGUUUCCCAAACAAGGAGUUCUACGAUGGGAGGAUCACAGAUGCUGAUGUUGUUAAAGAAAGCAUUUAUCAGAAGAGGUUUCUUCAAGGGAACAUGUUUGGUUCCUUUUCUUUUAUCAACGUUGGUCGUGGAAAAGAAGAGUUCGGUGAUGGACAUAGCCCUAAGAACAUGGUUGAAGUUGCUGUGAUUGCUGAGAUCAUAUCUAAUCUCUUCAAAGUUUCAAGUGAAAGAAGGAUGAAGGUGAAUGUUGGAGUGAUUUCACCUUACAAAGGACAAGUCCGAGCAAUCCAAGAGAGAGUCGGAGAUAAGUACAGUUCCUUAUCAGGUCAGCAUUUGACUCUGAAUGUCCGAUCUGUAGAUGGUUUCCAAGGAGGAGAAGAAGACAUUAUCAUCAUCUCGACCGUUAGAAGCAACGGUAACGGCAAAGUGGGGUUUCUUAGUAACCGUCAGAGAGCCAACGUGGCACUGACAAGAGCAAGGCAUUGUUUGUGGGUAGUUGUUGGGAACGAGACGACUUUGGCUCUGAGUGGUUCGAUUUGGGGGAAGCUGAUAAGCGAGUCAAGGUCUCGUGGAUGUUUCUUUGAUGCUACUGAUGAGAAGAAUCUGAGAGAUGCUAUGAAUGAUGCUUUGCUGGAAGAUGUGUCUUCGAGUUUUGGAGCUCUUUCGAUUGGGAAUAGGACGAGAAGAAGCGGUUGGUAG